CUUGCCGACGCUCCUCAUCAGCUGACACUAAUCCAACUUGGUCUUAUCCAAUCGAAUGCCAUGGAGCUGGCAUUCACUACCAAGUAUAAAUACGGGUCAGGAGGUGGCCGGCUAACUUUGGAGUUCCCACUGCGUCCUCCAUCGUCCACCCGUGCUCUCUCUGCUCGGCAUGUCCUCUAGAACUCCCUCCACCUCGUCUCUCGAGAAGGGGGCCAUCGUCGAGUCUUCGCCUGUGAAGGAGGGCUUCGGGCUCGCAAGAGACGCUUGCCCCCUCGAGCUCACGGAGCAGGAGGAGCGCAAGCUUUGGCGCAAGGUCGACGCUCGUCUCCUGCCUAUCCUGGGUCUAUUGUACCUGCUGUCUUUUAUGGACCGAGGAAACAUCGGAAACGCCAAACUUGACGGACUGCAAGAACAGUUGAACCUGACAGGGAACAAAUACAAUAUCGCCUUGAGCGAUCGAGAAGACAUGCCGAACGACUCUAUCAAGCCGUAUUGCGUCUUCGAGUGCCCGGCGAAUUUGGCGUUGAAGAAGUUUCGCCCAUCCUUAUGGCUCCCAGGGAUUACGGUGCUCUGGGGAACUGUCAUGACACUAAUGGGCCUCGUCAAGACAUAUCCGCAGCUCGUCGGCGUUCGUGUCUGCCUCGGUGUCGCCGAAGCCGGGUUGUUCCCCGGUGUCGUCUACUACCUGUCCCUAUGGUACCCACGUGCGAUGCUGCAGUGGCGGAUUGGUUUGUUCUUCGGUGCGGCCUCGCUUGCAGGAGCGUUCAGUGGUCUGCUCGCCUACGGAAUCAACUUCAUGAAUGGCAUUUCUGGCCUGCGGGGCUGGUCGUGGAUCUUCAUUCUGGAGGGGAUCGCCACCGUCCUCGCCGGUGUUCUGGCGUUCUUCGUGAUCGUGGACUUCCCAGCUACGGCCAAGUUCCUCGAGCCGGCUGAGCGCGACUUCGUGAUCUGGAGAAAGAAAUUCGACAACUCGUCUGUCGGGGAGGAGGAGCAGUUCGAGUUCCGGCACUUGUUCCAGGCCUUCACUGAUUGGCAGGUCUGGAUGCACACGCUGGUUUACGUCUCCCUUGUCACGCCUCUUUACGGAAUUACCCUCUUCCUCCCGACGAUUAUCAGCACGUUCGGACAUUCGACUGCUAUCUCUCAAUUGCUUACAGUUCCGGCCUAUCUCUUCGCUACCAUGCUUUUGUUCGUGUUUGCGUUCUGGUCAGACAAGCUGAAGAUGCGGUCUCCGUUCAUCUACAUCUCUCUGUUGAUGUGUCUAAUUGGAUUCGUCAUCAACAUUUCCGACGCGCCUCCUGGUGUGAAAUACUUUGGAACGUUCCUGAUCGUUGGCGGCAGCUACGCUGGCUUCCCGGGUGCUGUCGCCUGGCUCGGCAGCAAUUUGAGCGGGCAGUACAAGCGCGGAGUCGGGCUGGCGUUGCAGAUUGGAAUCGGGAACUUUGGCGGUGCGAUUGCGAGCAACAUCUACCGCACCCAGGACCGCCCUCAUUUCCGACUCGGCCAUGGCCUCGAGAUGAUUUUCGUCGGCAUCGGCUUGAUUUGCGCACCGAUCAUCGUCGUCACAUACCGCCGCAUCAACAAGAAACGCGCGGCAAUGGCUUACGUCCUGACGGAAAACGGCCUCGAGUCGCCCACCGGGCCGAGCUACACGAAACAGCAGAUGCGGGAGCUGGGAGAUCGGUCACCCGAAUACGUCUACAUGAUUUGAGUCGACGAGGAAGAUUGUAUUUAGAAUGAUGUAUUAAUUGAUGAACUCGAUGCAAUGACUUUCAACACAGAAG